AAUUAGAUUUAGAUAGGCCUAGUCUAGAUUUAACUAAAAGAAAAAAAAGAUUAAUAGGCCUGUCUCCUUUGGGCUUUGGUCCUUUAGAUUUUCCUUUACUAAAAAAAAAGACGUAAGCCUACACCGUACACAGUCAGUCUCAGAGAAAAUGAACUUUUGACAAACUUAACAAUAUAUUAUAUAUACCAGCUAGGAAUGCUGUGUUAAGAAAGGUUGAUGUAAGAUGGAAAACAUUACAGAUGUCCACAUCACAUCUUUAAAACAGUCCAAAUAUUUAACAGCUCAUUCUUUACAUUAUGUACAGUCUGAAAAGAAAAAGGUGUGUGAUUGUGUAACUGAACAUUCCGAUGUCUCCAUACUGCUGUUUAAUUCCUCAAGAAAUGUCUUUAUAUUUGUGAAACAGUUCAGACCAGCUGUAUAUCUUUACAACAGCAGUACUGAAGUUUUGGGCGAGAAUGAAGUGGUAAACACGCUGCGACACCCGGGGUCAUUAGGUGUAACAAUUGAGCUAUGUGCUGGCCUGGUGGACAGGGACGAGCCACUGGCCGACAUAGCCAGGGCAGAGGUCCUUGAGGAGUGCGGCUAUCUGGUCCCAGAGGGGAGCUUGCGGAAAAUUACCUCUUGUCGAAAUGGCUCCAGCAUUACGGGAGCACUGGUGACUUUGUUCUACGCACAAGUGACAGAUGAGAUGAAAGUGAGCCAGGGAGGUGGGCUAGAGGAGGAAGGGGAGUUGAUUGAAGUUGUUGAACUGCCAGUAGGACAAGCUUUGGAUUUGAUCUAUGAUGAGAGUGUCAACAGGGAAGCAACUCUGUUGCUUGCUUUACAAUGGUUUUUUAGUGAAAUCUGGCCAGUUUUGAAGAAAACCAACAUUUCUGGAAACCUCCUUUAGAAAUAUUUUUUAAAAAUCCAUUAAAUCUAGAUCUAUACCAAAGACAUAAAGAGCUAACUUAAUAGUGUGUUUGUUUACUAAAAGUGUGUCUACACAGCAAAAGAUAGUGUAUAGGAGCAAAAUUUUUAUGUCUAGUUGCUGAUUUGUCCAUUUUUUUCUAUGGUUUGAGGAUGUUAGAAGUGAAUGGUAUUGUUUUCAUGUGAUGAGCUUGGAUAUAAAUAAUGAUAGUAAUUUAUUCUGUCAGUUUCAUUUGUAACAAAUUAAAUAAAGAACACAAAUAUCUAAAACA